CCAAGAAACAAGCCAAGGCUUCUCAAAAAUCUCUAUUUUGUAAAUCUAGAAAAUCUUUCUGUUGUGAUGAUAUUCAAAAGAAAAAGUAAAUUCAUUCAAAUUCUUGCAGCCACAAUGUUCUCAUCAACAGCAGCAUUAUUUAGGUAUUGGCUCUAUGCUACCUCCACCUCGGUCUCAACAAAACGAAUUGAUGAUUUCUAAUCACUAUCAACCUAAUCAACAUCCACCUCAUCAUCAUUCAUUGCCUUCUACUCCGUUUUCGUCAACAGGAUUGGAUUUUUGUGGCAGCAAUGUUGGUGGAUCUGGCGGAGUUCUUUCUGCUGAAAUGAUGUUGUCAUCUUCUGCGGCUGCUACACCGUCUCCAGCAGGCACAAUAGCUUCUUCGCCGGCCGCUUCAGUAAUGCCUCCAGCUUCUGGUGGUUGUAUUGGAGGACCAUCAUCACAUCAAAAACCAAUUCUUGAUAAUGGUGGUGGACCUAUGAGUGUUGGUUGCAAUAGCAGCUAUUCUUAUCCACCUCCUUCGCCUCAUUGGGUGUCACAACAACAGUCAUAUUCAUCUGCCAUGUCUGCACAGGCUAGCCCACAACCGCCACAAAGUAUUCUACAAAGAAAAAUAGAAGACAGCGGUGGUGGCGUUGGAAGCAGCUAUGUUGCCUCAUCGAUGCCAGCUGCUUCACCUUACAGUCAACAACAGCAAAUGCGUCAAAAUCAUCUUCAACAAUACUCACCAAUGAGUGUUCCAAUACACUCUGGUGAAGCUUCUGCUGUUCCAUCUCCACAAAUGUCGCAUCGUUUUCAUCAAAAUACUCCACAACAACACCUUCAAUCUUCACCGCCGCAAAUUUUGGGUGGAGGCCCUCACCUACAACAUCAAACACAAAGUGCAGGUCUUCAGCCACAACCUCUUGUAGGAGGCCAAAAUCUUAACCAGCAAGCAUUAUUUGCUACCCAACAAACGUCAUUGCCAGGACAGCAACAACUUCAACCUAUUUACCAUAAAAAGCUACAAGGCAGAAUUCAAUAUCAUAAUCAAACUCACCAACAACCACAACAACUACCUCUACAUUACCUCCAAACUCCACCCCACCAACAAUUACUCUCCCAACAACAACAUUAUCAUCAUACAUCACCUAUAGAACGGCCUACGGCCCCUCUUCCUACUCAACAAAAUAUGCACCCACCUCCUUCACCGAUGUUCCCUUCCAUGAAACAACAACAGCAUAAUGCGAACAUCGGUAAUCAUCAUGUUUCAAAUAUCCCUCAGAAUCAAAGCAUUUAUUUGUCUCAACAGCAACAACCUCCACAGACUUAUUUAAAGCAGCAACAACAAAUUAUUCAGAAUCAAGCGUUUCAACAGCAGCCUCUUGUUCUAUCACCUCCUCCUCCACCUUAUAUGGCUAAUGCAUAUCCAUCGCAACAACCGCCUCCGCAACCAAUGAGAAUGUUUCCAGCAGCUGCUUCUACACCAUUUGUUUGUCCUCUAACUCCAACAGGUCAAAUGAAUAUUGCUGGAUGUUCUCCAUCAUCGCAGAUGUUGCCACCUAUGCCACAACCAGCUCGGGCACAACUCAGUCGUGCACAUUUAUUAACGCGACAUUCGCGAGAGUUGAAAUGCCACAAAUAUGCUAUUAAGCUCUACCAUCUUCAAAGGACAACAAAAGCACUUGUUUAUAAAAAUGGUGCUUUGGCUGACGAACUCACUCGGUUACAACAGCAAAUUCAGACAGUCACUGAGGAACGAAGGGUCCUAGCCAAACGUCUACAGCACCAUGAACGGAAUCGUAUUCGUAGGCUACAAACACAUUUUAAAAAAGCAGCUGCAGCAGCCUCGGCGGCUGCUGAGGCGGCAGAAAAGAAAAAUGAAGAGGAGACAGGUGGAACAACAACAUCAACAACAAAUUGUAAAAAAUUAGUAAUUUGUACUUUAUUAAAUAGUAGUAAACAAAAAAAGCACUCUGCACAAUUAAAUUGUAAAGAAUCGCACACAGACAAAGUCAGCUUAUGAUGAUCCUCAGACUUCUCUUUUUUUUCUCUCUCUCUCUAUUUUCAUCCCCCUUAUCCAGGUUCUCAUCAAUUUUGAUGAUUUUAUAAAUAUUUUGUUUUUUUUUGUAUUUUCCGUAUGUUUGUAAUUUUUCUU